AUUUGCUUUACUGUUUUUGAGCUUCAAACAAUUUGGAUUUGUAAAAUAAUAAAUGCACAUGAAUUUUGCUUUAUUUUGGUCAAGAAAGAUCAAAAUGACAUCGAAAAAAGGCAUUACUUUCCUGUUGGUGAAAUACAUUUUCUGGGCAGCCAAACAGGGAGACUAGGAUAAUUAAUAGGAAAAAGGAAAAGAAGAGUGAGAAAGAGAGAGAGGGGAAACCAAAGUGGAGUUGGUGGGGGAUUGGAGGAGGGAAGAGAGUGAGAAAGGUUGUCCGGCAAAGACGACGUAGCAUUUGUGUGGCGAGUAAUGCCAUAGAGUAGAGGUGGGUGGCAGCAUUAGCGUUGAAAUUGGAGAUCCGACUUGUCACGAACAAAUAGAAUCGUGGGAUUACAGAUUUCUUUGGGUGAAAUGUGUUAGUUUUGGAGCUUGUAGGGCAAAAGAUCUGGCCAAUAUGCAGGGAAAAUUCUAUACAGCACCGCUGCCUCCGCAGCUAUCCGACUCUAACCGGCGAAUCAUUGAUACCAAUACCCCAACAAUGAGGGUUUAUCAAAUCUGGAAAGGCAGCAAUAGAUUCUUCUGUGGUGGAAGACUUAUAUUUGGUCCAGAUGCAAGGUCUCUGUUGCUUACAGUGUCCAUGAUUGUGGUUCCAGUAAUACUAUUCUGUGCUUUUGUUUCUCAAAGGCUCAUUGAUGAAUUCAACCACCAUUUUGGCAAUCUUAUUGUUGGUAUUUCUGUUGCCCUCACAGUAUAUAUUAUGAUCCUUCUCUUCCUUACUUCUGCAAGAGAUCCUGGCAUUAUUCCCCGUAAUCCACAUCCUCCUGAACCAGAAGACGACACUGCCUCUGGUAUCUCUACAGACUGGGUAGGAAGCCAGAGUGGUGCUCCUAAUAUACCUCCCACAAAAGAUGUCAUGGUCAAUGGGAUGGUAGUCAAGGUCAAAUACUGCCAAACAUGCAUGCUAUAUCGCCCACCAAGAUGCUCUCAUUGCUCUAUAUGUAAUAACUGUGUUGAUCGUUUUGACCACCAUUGCCCAUGGGUAGGGCAAUGUAUUGGAAAGAGGAAUUAUAGAUUCUUCUUCAUGUUUGUGUCCUCCACAACCAUGCUCUGCCUAUAUGUUUUUGCUUUCUGCUGGGUAAACAUUGAGAGAAUAAUGGAAGCAUACCAUUGUAGUCUUGGGAGGGCUUUUCUGAAGUCCCCUGUUUCAGGAAUUCUCAUUCUAUACACAUUCAUAGCAGCUUGGUUUGUUGGAGGUCUCACUGCUUUUCAUCUCUACUUAAUUUUCACCAAUCAGACCACAUAUGAGAAUUUCCGGUAUCGAUAUGAUGGGAAAAUGAAUCCUCAUAACCUUGGAUGCUGGCGCAAUAUUAGGGAGAUCUUCUUCUCUAAAAUUCCUAGUUCUAAGAACAACUUCCGUGCUCAGGUGAAGGGAGACUCUUCUUCUGUUUUCAACACUUCAAUGUCCUUGGGCCAUGCUAUGAGCCCUGAGAUGCCCAAAAGGAGCUUUGACAUAGAGAUGGGGAAACGACAAGCUGUUGCUGCUGAGGAGUUUGAAGAUAUACAUAGCCAAAUUGAUAGUAUUGGCGGAUCAGAGAGGUGCGGACCCCAGCCGAGACACACAAACCGGGACCAUAAAGGGAACUGGGAGAUAACACCUGAUAUACAUAUGUUGGCUGCUGAAUUUGGAAUGCAACAUGGUUCAACAGUCAGAGAGAAGAUUCAUGGAGUCCGUUGAAGUUGGAUUGUAGAGCCUCAAUUAUAGUGCAGUAUUGGGCGUCUUUUUAUCUUAGAGCCAACAGAAACAUUUGCUAACCUGGCUGAUUGGGAUCAGUUGCUGCCAUUGCCUGGAUGCAUUAAAAAGAUGUUUUUAGAUUCUAGUUUCCUGCAAGAGGGGAGAUGCAUGCGCAGGUUUGGUUAAGAUAUGGCAGGAUACAGGUUGUACAUUGAACUGUUUUCAUGGAUAUUGGGGGGAAUGUUGUGAUAUAGUGUGUAUUUUGGGGAUUUUGGUUGAUAUUGAUUUUUCUCGAUUUGUUGGAUACUUUAGCAGUCUCAGAAAAACCAGAGGCCCUUUUGAAAAGUUCUUAUUAAACAUUUGAUGGUAGAGGAGCUUGUUUAUGAGUAAUGGGUUUUUACCAAAUUUUCAUCCCUUAAUGAAUCAUAUCAUGGAUAUUUGAUUUUAUGCUU